UACCGACAUUGGUUAUGGGGAUGGUGGCAAUAAUGGUGAUGGCAGUGAUGGUGCUAAUGUUGCCUUUGGUGGGGAUAGCGACAGCGGUGAUGGUAAUGAUGCUCUACUGGCCGGGAUGGUGCUCGUGGUGGUCAUGGCGGUCACACUGCUGGUAAUAAUUAGUGCUCGUGGUGGUAAUGGUGCUGGUGCAGGUGGCGGUGGUGAUGGGGGUGGUGAUGGUUUGUGUUGGCGUUGUCGGUCAAGGUGAUGAUGGUUGUUGGUGGUGAUGGUGGUGGCGUUUAUUGAUGGAGGUGCCAGUUGUAAUGAUGGAAAUGGUAGUGAAGGGGUGCUAUCAUGGGUUGGGGUGAGCAGCUCAGCUAUGCAGGGAUCAGACCCCUCAGGAGCCUGGACCCCCAAUGCCAGAGGCACAAAGAGAACUUCUGGUUAACCUUGGAGCCCCGUGAACUAGGGCAGGCCCAGUUGUCCUCCCUCAAGCCCCAUCCUGCUCCGCUGCAGCUCAGGGAGGAGCGUGUAGAGCCGGGAGGAAACAGGAGGUGUGGGGGCCACUAGGGAGCACAUGACAGUCUGCCCCAGCCCUUCCCGGGGUGCCCUGGGCACUGGAUCCAGCUGAGAUCUCAGGGUCCAACUCAGACUGCAGAGACGGAGCACGGACAUCUGAUAGACACCCCCCACCCCCCCGUAAGGAACCGCCGCAUGACACACUUGCAGGGGCGCACACGCGGACCUUUGCCCGGGAACACAUGUACACAUGCAUGUUCCCAGACACCCGAGGCUCACGUCCCAGAUGCAUGCGGGACAGUCCCCACGUGAGAACGCAAAGAGACAAGGGCGCACACGAGCGCGCGAGCCGGCCCGCAGUGGGUGCGCGGCCGCUGGACGCCGCGCCGCCCCUCACGCGCACGCGCACAGACGCGCACGCGCUCCGCUAAGUAAAACCAGCGGAACCCAAGUCCGGCCGAGCCAAUAGGAGACUCCUUGGCCCUGGAAGCCGUUGCUGCUGCCACCGAGAGACGCGGUGGAUGCAGAUGACGUCAUGACCAAAGAGGAGCAGAUCUUCCUACUGCACCGUGCCCAGGCCCAAUGCCAGAAGCGGCUCAAAGAAGUCCUGCAGAGGCCAGCUGACAUAAUGGAAUCAGACAAAGGAUGGGCAUCUGCAUCCACAUCAGGGAAGCCUAAGAAAGACAAGGCAUCUGGGAAGCUCUACCCUGAGUCCGAGGAGGACAAGGAGGCGCCCACUGGCAGCAGGCGCCGAGGGCGCCCCUGCCUGCCCGAGUGGGACCACAUCCUUUGCUGGCCGCUGGGGGCACCAGGUGAGGUGGUGGCCGUGCCCUGUCCCGACUACAUUUAUGACUUCAAUCACAAAGGCCAUGCCUACCGUCGGUGUGACCGCAAUGGCAGCUGGGAACUGGUGCCUGGGCACAACCGGACAUGGGCCAACUACAGCGAGUGUGUCAAGUUCCUGACCAAUGAGACUCGUGAACGGGAGGUGUUUGACCGCCUGGGCAUGAUCUACACCGUGGGCUACUCUGUCUCCCUGGCCUCCCUCACCGUGGCUGUGCUCAUCUUGGCGUACUUCAGGAGGCUGCACUGCACGCGCAACUACAUCCACAUGCACCUAUUCCUGUCCUUCAUGCUUCGCGCCGUGAGCAUCUUCGUCAAGGACGCGGUGCUCUACUCGGGGGCCACGCUCGAUGAGGCCGAGCGCCUCACCGAGGAAGAGCUGCGCGCCAUCGCCCAGGCGCCCCCGCCGCCCGCCGCCGCCGCCGCCGGCUACGCGGGCUGCAGGGUAGCUGUGACCUUCUUCCUUUACUUCCUGGCCACCAACUACUACUGGAUUCUGGUGGAGGGGCUGUACCUGCAUAGCCUCAUCUUCAUGGCCUUCUUCUCAGAGAAGAAGUAUCUGUGGGGCUUCACGGUCUUCGGCUGGGGUCUGCCCGCCAUCUUCGUGGCCGUGUGGGUCAGUGUGAGAGCCAGCCUGGCCAACACCGGGUGCUGGGACUUGAGCUCCGGGAACAAGAAGUGGAUCAUCCAGGUGCCCAUCCUGGCCUCCAUCGUGCUCAACUUCAUCCUCUUUAUCAACAUCGUCCGGGUGCUGGCCACCAAGCUGCGGGAGACCAAUGCCGGCCGGUGCGACACGCGGCAGCAGUACCGGAAGCUGCUCAAAUCCACGCUGGUGCUCAUGCCGCUCUUUGGCGUCCACUACAUCGUCUUCAUGGCCACGCCGUACACCGAGGUCUCAGGGACGCUCUGGCAAGUCCAGAUGCACUACGAGAUGCUCUUCAACUCCUUCCAGGGAUUUUUUGUCGCCAUCAUAUACUGUUUCUGCAACGGCGAGGUACAGGCUGAGAUCAAGAAAUCCUGGAGCCGCUGGACACUGGCACUGGACUUCAAGCGGAAGGCACGCAGCGGAAGCAGCAGCUACAGCUACGGCCCGAUGGUGUCUCACACGAGUGUGACCAACGUAGGCCCCCGCACAGGACUCGGCCUGCCCCUCAGCCCCCGCCUGCUGCCCGCCGCCACCACCAACGGCCACCCCCCGCUCCCCGGCCACACCAAACCGGGGGCCCCGGCCCUCCAGACCACACCACCUGCCGUGGCUGCUCCCAAGGACGAUGGGUUCCUCAAUGGCUCCUGUUUGGGGCUGGACGAGGAGGCCUCUGCGCCGGAGCGGCCACCUGCCCUGCUGCAGGAGGAGUGGGAGACAGUCAUGUGACAGGGGACCUGAGGGUGGGACCCAUGGACAUGAGGGCCGACAGACGGACCAAGAGACGGGUGGUUGGACGGUUGCCCACUCAGGGCUGGGGCUGGGAAGACAAAACAGGAAAAAAAAAAAAAAAAGGGAAAAGGAAGCAGCGUGUAGCUUCCUGUGGUCUGAACUGGGGACUUGGGAGGGGAGGGGCAGGAGCAUCGGAGUUCAUGGGUGUCACCUCAGGAGGGACUCUGGGGGCCACAGGCACAGUGGAGCAGGGAGAGGAAAGACCUGGGAGAGGCCUACAGUGGCUGGAGUUUGCUGGGGUCACACAGGGACCCGGCGGAGCCAUGCAGGGGCAGGGCCCCAACCUUUCCCUGCCACCCUUGGAUGCUUCUGGUUGGACCGAGGCCCCCGGGGGGACCCAGGCUCCUCUGGGCCAGCUCUCCACCUGCUGCCCCAGUCACUGUCCACCAAGGGCCAACCGCAUAUCCCUAGGUCCCUGGCCCUGCUCCGGGCCCCUUCCUGCCCCUCUGGUGGCCAUACUGGGCCCCUUGGAGGCUGGGGUACGCAGGGAGCCCUCCAUACAUGGUCCCAGCCCCCACCCCAGAUGUGACACACUCCUGGCAAUCAGACUGAGGGUGAGGGUGCGGGGAACAUGCCGAGGCCAUCAAGUGAAGGGUGGGCUGCGGCCUCUGCUCUGGCCUGGGAGCUGUGGGGUAGCCUGGGGACAGCCCACAGGUCUGGCUGGGCUGAGGACCUGCAGGACUCAGCAUGUCCACUCCCUGUGCAUCCGAGGCUGUCGCUGAGCAUCCCCCUCCGUCACCCAUCCACUACAUUCCUUGCCCCCUUGGCCCCUGCACUGCCCAGUCCUGGGCCCCAGAAUGACCUCCUUGAGAACUGACCCAGCUGAGUGUCCAUCCCGUGCUCUGACCAGCACAAGCUUCUUUCUCCAUUCCGAAGGCAGCCCUGCCCGACUCUGGGCUUACACAGGCCAGCACCCCUGCCUGGCCCUUCCUUCAGCCCAACGCCACCCGUUUGUUCUGCUCCAUGGACUCAGCGUCUGGAAGGCGCUCCCAUCUCUAACAGCACCGCCACCACGGGGGGCUGGGUGAGGGGUCAUGGGGGAGGGACCGCAAACUCACUUGGGCAGCGGGUGGCACAGGUGUGCUCUGGGCAGCCUCAGGCCCGGCCCUGCCUGUCCUUCUAGAUGGUGGGCAGGGCAAACAACUGCCCAAGGCCUGGCACACGCCUGGAGCACCAUGUGGUGUCAUGUGCUUGGAAUGGCGUGAGACGCACGGGCCAGGACCUGAGCCAGCUUAGGCAUCGAGGACUCCCAUGAACACUGGGCACCACUGGAAAUCAUACAGGGAGAGCAACAAGGUCUGAGCCACAUUUAGAAGAGUCCUUGCAUCAGUGGAGAAGCCGGAGGAAGUUAGGGGUCAGGGGACAGGCAGCCUUGUGGGAGGCAGGUGGCGGGCCAGAAGCACCCUGGAUGAGGUGCUGGCUGGGAGGAGGCCCAAGCAGAAGAGAACCCCCAUCCCCUUCCCAGGGGUGUCCGUGUGAUGCCCCUCUUCAGGGCUCAGAGCUAUGGGACCUCUGGACCACUGGGCUUUCUGGGAAACUCGUCCCACCCACCCCACAGGCAGGCACUAGGCCUCUAGUGGGCUGGGCCCUGGGGCCCCACCGUCUAGCCCAGACUCCUCCCGGGGAGGCUUCUGAAAUAGAGUCCAUGAGGCCC